UUUCAUGUGGGGAAUUCAGAAUUAUGCCUCUGCCAACCCAAAUAUAUACAUCAAGUCUUAUGCGUGACCACCCAUAGUAAAAUAAUUGCAUGUGCCGUCUGAGCAUAUGCUAAAAGCGACAAGUCCAACAGAUUAUUCGAUUCUUGAAAUCUGUAGCCCUUAUGUUUGUAUCUAAUUAUUUGCCAUUGUGCACGUCCGCCGCACGGGGUAAUAUUAGGAUAUUUUCAAAAAAUCUUCUAUUACAAUGUUUACUACUUCAAACGCAAAUUCAAAUCAAAUGGUAAAAAACGAGCCACAUUUCAUUUUUAGUCAGUCGUAAAAAAGUUGGAUUAGGCUGAACCAUACGACUAUUAUUAGUUGCAUAUACCAUAUAGCGAUGAUAAUAACGUAAACUGGCGAUGAUUUGCAAAACAAAUCUGCUUUUCUUGGCAUUCAGUUUUAUACUUUUUCCUUGUGAUUUAUGCUUCUGGAGAAAUUUUAAGUUUAAGGUUGUCUUUGAUGAGUAGUUUAUUUAAUGACUCUAAUUUUUUAACACUUAAGUGAUUGAACAACAUAAAUAAAUGAUGAGCGCACAGACAAAUAUUAUGCAGAAUGGAUUUCUCAUCACUCGACAAGUGUGGAAGUAAGUGGCUGAAGCUGAAAAUGAAGUACAGGCGGUCUUUAACUUGAGCAUACAAUAUACAUAUUAUUACAUACACCCAUCUAGAAGAAUCAGAGAGAGAGCGAGAGAAUUGAUUUACCGAACUAUCCGUUGCAAUGCUAAAUUUAAUUUACAUCUUCAAGUAUUAUUAUUUGUGCUAAAAUCCAGCAAUAUGAGUACUAUACACACCAUUGGAUAUUUCUCACCAUCUUCGUCGUUUACGAACUCUAAGAAGUCUUGAUAGUACGGUGAUACAGAGUCUAAAAAAUCUUGAUUUUUAUUGUAAGCCAUCUUAUUCAGCCGUCGUCGUGCUCAUUUAUGCAUACGGAUUGAUUGAAAAAUUCAAUUUGGUAGCAAAUCCUGAAGGUUGAAGGUAUAUAGUUAAGUAAAUUGGCGAAAUUUGGCGGCUGAAUGAAAUAAAUUCACUAGUGUCAGCAAUGUACAUAUUUCAUGUUCAUGUCUCUUAAAACCUGGAGUAGGUAGCUUUAGCGCGUGAAAGCUUUCUGUAACCAACUAUGUGCAACCGAAAGAUCAUGUCAUGGGAUGUUUCAAUUUAUUCUCAUGACAAGGCUUGAGAUGUCGGCUUGUCGGAUUUUCACUUUUUGGUUGAAAAAAUUUAUUGUUCAUUUUUCGUAGAUUUUUAAGCGCUAUCAAUUUUCACUUUUUGGUUGUAUCUCCAUUUCUUUGUGUUUAUCAGUUUCAUUGUGAGUGUUGAAUUUAACGAUAUCACAUGUCCAAAAGUUGCAAGGCAGACAUACAUAAAACUUCAAAAUUUGUUCAGCAUUAUGAAUUUCACAUUGAAUGUGUCUGUCCCAGUUACGCUUAUCGUCCGUACUAUAUAAACAUUUAGUACAGCUGAAGCUUGCGUUACAAUUAAACGCUGCUUUUCUCUUUGUGCAAAUUUCUCUAUGUGCCAUAUACUGCCGAUUAAUUGGACUGAAAGCCGGGCAAUCAGGACAAUACUGCAUGUGGGUUUCAAUAGAACCUUUGCAUCUUUCAGUAUGCCGGGUUAGCGUUGACUUCCAAUUGCUUCGGAAACCACAUUGGUUUUCACAUUUAUACGGUUUUUCAUUCGUGUGAAUCAUAAUAUGUCUGGCUGUUUUUGCAGGGUUUGAAUUUUUUAGAUCUUUUUUGCAAUACGGACAACUUGGAAUGCUUGGAUUGGUCAAAUCAGGAAGGUCACAUUCAAUUUUUGAGGCUCGUUCUAUGCUUUGAUGUUCAUCUGAUGAACAACGAACGACACAUUUCAAAUUGAUAUGGUCGCUAAGAUGUAAAAUUGCAUUGUCAUAAGUGGGUUCGACCAUGAAAUUGAACUUCCUCAUAGAUUGAGAGACUAUGAUAUAAUCCAAUCUGGAUUUAUAAAUCUUGCUGGAGCCAUGCGCAAAUCUUGUAAAAAUUUGUGUUGGCCAUAGCUUGCUGCAAACAUUUCCAAAUUGGAAUUCUGUGAAUUUGUUUAUGCAUUUUUCAUAAUAUAAACAUCGUGGAUCUGAAGAUUUCAUCGCUGGAAUUAUGUCAGUGUUCAACUUCAUCAUGUUGAAGUCUCCGACCCAAACAGAACUUAUGUGUUUCAGUUUGUCGCAUAAUUGGCCGAUUGUUGUCACCCAAUUUUCCCGUUCGAUAUCUCUUAAACUGUCAUUAUUAUGAUGACAUGGGAGAUAAACAUUAACAAAAUAAAUUGGGUUGUUUUCAUUUACUGGAUGCUUUACAUUAAUCAUCAUUAUCCUUUCCAUAUUUUGCGUGGGGAUGUGGGGAAAGCUUUCACUCAUACGCGUAUACUUUACUUUAAGACCCCUUCUGUAGAAAACGCAAACUCCAUAAUUCAUGUAAUCUGAAUAUUUAGCCUUUAAUGAACUGUGGAAUUUAGCGUUGAACCCAUAGGUUAGAACCAGUUCAUGAACUUUUUUCUCGUCGGAUGGAUUCAAUUUCGUCUCUUGUAUGAAAAUUAAAUCACUUCCUGCCCAAAUGGGCAUCAUGCAUCUAAUCUUCACCUCAUCAAUUCCAUUAGCAUUCCAACAAUGAUAAUGAAGGACAGAAUCAUUGACUGUCAAUUUUCUUAUUUUAGGUAAUGACAUUUUGAGGAAACAAAUUCCUUCAUUAAUAACCGCACUAAGCAGCAAUUUAUGUGACCGCACUAAGCAGUAAUUUAUAUAACUGCACAAACAGCAGUUGAUUUUGUGACAAACCGCACUCAGCAGUUUUAUUUAUUAUUAAUUUACUUAAAUAAUAUUCACUAAUUCUAAGACUAUUAUUUAAUUAAGUAUUAUUUUAAAUAUAAACUAACCUAAAAUAAAACUAAACUAACUCUACGAUUUGACGUCGGAACACACGACUCCGUAAAUUUUCCUGUGAAUAAAAACCAAAUUUAUAUAAAAUUAUGCUUUUUUAACCAAGUUUAAAUUGCUCCCAACUCACCUUAACCGAAAUCAACGUCGACUAAACUAAUAAAGCUCUGCUCUGUUCUGUAAAGAGAUGAAUCGCUGCAACCUCGAUAAAAAAAGAUUAUUAUUUAUCUUUACUCACCUUAUCCCGAACCGGCGACGAACAACAAAAACGACGAAAACAAGAAAAAAUCCGGUCUACGCCGCUCUGCUAUGAUAUGAGUUGAUGGAAUGAGAAUCACAAUUACAAAUUAAUCUUUGCUAACCUAGCUUUAAAUGUAUAAUUAAAUAAAUUGAUAAUUACUCACGUUAUCCUCCAACGGCGACCAACAACAAAGACGACGGACAAACCAACUUAGAAUCCAAAGUAUGCCGCUCUGUGAUGAGUUGUGAUGAGUUGUGAUGAGACGGAAUUUUGGAACCUAACUCAUCACAGAGCGGCAUACUUUGGAUUCUUAGUUGGUUUGUCCGUCGUCUUUGUUGUUGGUCGCCGUUGGAGGAUAACAAUGAGUGGAAUCCAGCUACCCAUUGCUCUUCUUCCAGGUCAAGGAUAUACCUUGACCGUUGAGUCGGUUGGAUGGGACAGUGGAAGAGGAGCAGGUGGUGGUAGAAGAGGUGGGGGUGGACGAGGAAAUGGGGGUGGGCGACGAGGUUGGGGUAGGCGACAAGGUUGGGGUGGGCGACAAGGUAGGCGUGGACGAGGAAAUGGGGUCGGAAUUGAAAAGCGAAAUUGUUACAAUUGCGGUAGGAAGGGGCAUUUGGCCAGUAAAUGCACAUUUCCCAACAAAGUUCGUGUUCCCGGUUCGUCCGGUGGUGGUGCUCCAGCUGUUGGGUCAUCAAACAGUACCCACUGUUCAGUUGACUCUUCCACUUCCGUUUCUUCUGUUGCAGAACAAUUCAAGGCCAUGGUCAUGGCAACAUCUGUUCCUUCUCCUGAGUCCGUAGCAGCAAUCAGGUCCGCAUAUGAAGAUGAACUGCUUCAAGAUGAGGAUGAUGAUGAAAUGGAGUUUGUCUUCUGCGCCUAACGUAGGGACAAUCCCGUCGUUAUUAGUGAAACGAUCAACAAAAUCUAGGUUAAAUCUCAUCAUCAUCUUUCGUCGGUUAAUCUUACCUUCUGUAUAAAAACAAACUUUUAGUGCGCUCAUGAAAUCAAAUUCCUAUUAUAUUAUAAUAACCAGUAUGUCCACUAACGGGAGAAAUGUGUCCUCCUGUUUUCGUUGUGUUACGUUCUUACUGCCGUCAUGUAUAUGUUGUAUUAAUCAAUAUUUCUUACAAAUAUUCCAUAUGCGUUAUUUAAGAGAGAUAAUAUUCUGUCGACGUCAUAUGUCGUUGAGUACGUAGAACCCUAUCGUAUCGUAUUAUCACCUCCUCCAUGAAGAACUAUUUCUUCGCACUAUGUAAUUGACUAAGGUGAAAAGUCUCACGGUAUAUAUGCAAUAAAUUUUAAAAUUUGCUAAA